CGGAGACCAAGCUCCCCUCCCCGGGUCCUUUGAUCACGCGCCGGAGGGCUCUUCCGGGGCCCCGGAGCCAACCCAGGGCGUUCCUGCCAGGGCUGCUCGGCGGGAGGGAGGCACCCUCCUGAGGUCACCACUGCCCAUGUGGACCACCUAGCUCUCCAGCUUCUGAUGUCAUGAGUAAUACAACAGUGCCCAAUACCCCCCAGGCCAGCAGCGACUCCAUGGUGGGCUAUGUGCUGGGGCCUUUCUUCCUCAUCACCCUUGUCGGGGUGGUGGUGGCUGUGGUAAUGUAUGUCCAGAAGAAAAAGCGGGCAGACAGGCUCCGGCACCACCUGCUCCCCAUGUACAGCUAUGACCCAGCAGAAGAGCUCCACGAGGCGGAGCAGGAGCUGCUGGCCGACGUGGGAGACCCCAAGGUGGUAUCUGGCUGGCAGAGUGGCUACCAGCACAAGCGGAUGCCAUUGCUGGAUGUGAAGACGUAACUUGAUUCCCCACUUUCAAGCCUUGGUGCCCUGCAGCCUGCCCAUCCCUCCCUAACUGCCACCCAUCUAACUGGGAGCAGAGCCCGUGGAUGCCUGGGGACACCUUCAGCUGGCUCUGGGCCAAGCCUGCUAGGUACUAUGGGGGUCUUUGGGAAUUGUUUUUGGUGGAGGUCUAGGUGGCAGUUUUGCUUUUCCCAGCCCACCUGGACUUGGCCUAAUCCCAACGAGUGGUUUCCAUGGUAAAAAGCCCAGUUGUAUAGAACUCAGUGUGUGUGUAUAUAUAUAUAUAUAUAUACAUAUACAUAUUUUGUAAAUAAAGUUUUAUGACUUCAAAAGCU